GCUCGCACACCGAAGGCCAAAAUCAGUUUUCAGUCUCAACUCAUUUCAGUGUGCGGGCUGCAGUCGUCGUAUUCGGACGUAGAUUUUGUUGCACCUCAAUUGCUGUGAUGGGUCUCUUGUCUGAGGGCACACCGCUUAGCUGGCCGGAAACCAAAAAGUACUCGCAGCACGUGCGUGAUCAUGGAAUCGAGCAGUUCAUCAAUCAGUUCCAUCAGUUAAAGGGCCGACAGGGCGAUUGCCUCAAGUGGGGAGAUGAGAUUGAAUACAUGAUCAUCAAGCUGGACCACGAGAACAGGAAGGCCAGACUCUCCCUGCGCGGUUCAGAACUCCUGGAAGUUCUCAGAGAAGCAGAAGAAACAAAUCCCAAAGAGGUGAGAUCUCUGUGGCGUCCCGAAUAUGCCGAAUACAUGGUUGAAGGGACGCCGGGCCAACCCUACGGGUCCCUGGUCCAACACUUCAACAUCGUGGAGCACAACAUGAGCUUUCGCAGGAGUGAGGUCCAGAGCUUGCUCCAACCCGACGAAGUCGUCCUUUCCUUGACCAGCUUCCCCAGACUGGGAUGCCCCGACUUCACCCACCCACCGACCAAACCCGACCCUACUUCAGGGGCUUCUCACUCCUUGUUCUUCCCAUCGGAGGCAAUCACUCAGAGUCACCCACGCUACUCGACUCUGACACGUAACAUCCGGGAACGUAGAGGCGAGAAGGUCGCCAUCAAUGUACCUAUUUACAAGGACCUGAAGACGCCCAGCCCAUUCAUAGAGGACUUGACUCAGUACGGCGACGACGGCACGUCGGCAGAGGCGGCGAAGGUGGACCACGUCUAUUUGGACGCCAUGGGCUUCGGUAUGGGAUGCUCGUGCCUGCAGAUGACUUUCCAGGCCUGCAACAUUGGCGAGGCCAAAGUCUUGUACGACCAUCUCACCCCGCUCUGCCCCGUCAUGCUCGCCCUGACGGCUGCGAGUCCGAUUUUCCGAGGCCAUCUCACCGACGUCGACUGCCGAUGGGACGUGAUCUCUGGCUCUGUCGACUGCCGGACGAGAGAGGAACGUGGCCUUGAACCCCUCAGGAACGAUAGAUUUGUGAUACCCAAGUCCCGAUACGACUCCGUGGACUGUUACCUGUCAGAGUGCGGAGGAAGAUACAAUGACAUACCACUAGUGUACGAUAAAGAAAUCAAACAGAAGCUGCUUGAUAACAAAGUCGAAGAGUCCGUUGCGCAACACAUCGCUCAUCUGUUCAUCCGGGAUUCGAUAUCGCUCUUUUCCGAGAAGUUGCACCAAGAUGACAAGAGAGAGAUGGAUCAUUUCGAAAACAUCCAGAGCACCAACUGGCAGACAAUGCGUUUCAAGAUCCCCCCAAUCAACAGUGACAUUGGCUGGAGGGUCGAAUUUCGUCCGUGCGAAGUUCAGCUGACAGACUUCGAAAACGCUGCUUUCGGAGUGUUCAUUGUACUCCUGACGAGGGCGAUCCUCACCUUCAAACUGAACACUCUCAUUCCGAUCUCGAAAGUUGACGAGAACAUGAAGAACUGUCAGAAACGUAACGCAGUUCUGGAGCAGAAGCUGUGGUUCCGCCGAGAUAUCUUCUCUCGCGAAUGCGAUAAGGGAGACGACGCAAGUCAGAUGACAGUGAACGAAAUUAUCAAUGGAAUGGGCGACGAAUUCAUGGGUCUCGUCCCAUUGGUGCGACAGUAUUUAGGAUUGUUAGACAUGGAUGCCGACACAGCGUGCACUAUUGGACAGUAUUUAAACUUCAUAAGUGCAAGAGCCGCUGGAACAGCAAUGACAACGGCAGCUUGGAUCAGGAAUUUUGUCACAACGCACCCAGAGUACAGGCAAGAUUCGGUUGUGAGUGAUGGAAUUUGCUACGACCUAAUCAUAGCGACCAGUGAGAUCUCCCAAGGGAAGCGGGAGUGCCGGGAGCUUCUGGGAGGAACCCCGAAGACGCGGACCUCCGAAGACAUACCCAAAGCCAUGAAGAAGAUCAUACAGAUGACUUGCAUGGCGUCACGCGUUGCAGAAUAAGCGACUUGACUGACCUCAAAAGAACUGAUUAUACUGACAUAUCUGUUUCAUGAAUUAGAUAUUGUUAUAUAAUAGUCUCAUGAAAUCUGUGAUGACCAGUAAUUAUGCCCCUGGGUAUUUAUUGAAGUGCUCUUUGGAACCGAGUGCAUUUCAUUAGGUUAAUGAUGGGACCAUAAUUUUUGAAAGGGAUCUUUCAAGAUGUCACAGUGCAUAGCUUUUAGCAUAGAUGUACAAAUCUGUGUUGUGUUGGAUAUUUAUGUUGAUGAAAUUUCGUAUUUUCAUCGUAUAUUUUGGAUUUUGCACAUUGACAAAGCAGCUCUUUCUUGGAGUUUCUCUGUAAGUUUAAAACAAUUUCGUCUUAAGCUUUUUCCCUGUGAUCGGAUUCUUACAGCUGUCAGUUAACUCACUUCCACUCUUUGCUGUCAGUUUUUUUUUUACCAAAUGUCUUACCUUUAGUUUAGAGCCAAAACUUUUUUGUACAUAAUAGGUCAGUAAAUCUGGACUCAAUCAACCCAGCUCCUACUUCAUAUAUUUAUCUCUAUUAAAUAGGGAUUUUAAAUGUUUCAUUCAACAAUCAUGCCUUGUGGUGUCAGUUAUCCUAUGUCCUAUGGACUGCAAAUAUUCUGUUCAGUAGCAGCAAGGAGCACAAUACUAUAUAAUGGAACUGCAUGCAGUAAGAAGUCAUAGUUAUUGUCAGGGUACAGUCACGUCCUCACUGAUAUCGUCAAUAUUUCAUUAGUGGUGUCUUGCUUAGUUAGGGUUACAUGUUACAGUACAGGCGACAACACGUAUUCCCAUUGACAGUCACCUUGCAAGAGAUUGACCAAUUCAGUAUUAUUAAAACACAGUAGUACUGUAUUUGUGCAUUUAGAUUUUUCAUUGUGCAGUACACUAUUCACACUGAUGACUUCAGAUUAUGGAAAACACUUUUGAUAUCCUUACCACAUAUAAUUGUGAUUCACUCAAGUAGAUUUCAUAAAAAUUCACUGAACAGAGCCUGUGUGCACAUGUUGAUAUAUAUGAAAUUCAACUCUAUAUAUGGGACAUGUAGGCAGAUACUGUAUAGACAGCUUUGAAGUACCCUGUGUAAUUGUAUACUGUAUUGUAUUAUGAGCAAUCAUUCCAAAUAGAAGAGUGUAGGUUCAUUUAAGAUGAAAGUGCCACUAUUCACCUACUGUUGCUGUAUUAGGGUUAACAGGUUGUCCACGCUGGUGGGUUUGCCUUCAUACUGUUGAAAGCACUGCCGUCGUGCUUUCUACUUUCCUUUAAACAUAGUGAAUAAAUAUUAUGAGCAUAUGCAUUUCUUUCCCAAUGCAAUGUGCUGACGGAAGUGCUGUAUCAGUAUCUUGUGUUUGCUGCUUUUUCUUUCAGGCAAUCGCUUGUUACAAUGAACUGCAUUCAAAUACUAUAUACAUAAUUAAUAUACACUGAAUCUGAAGUGAUAUAUAUUUGCUUUGAAGGAGGCAAAAUAUGAGCAUUUUGAAGCAGUUUAAUGUGAAACGAAAGAAUGAAAGCCUGUUAUCUAGAUAAUGUUUUCAUCAACAUGAAUAAAGGACUGGAAAUGCAGUAAGUAAUUGCAUUAUAUAAACAGUUUUAACAGUUAUAUAUUGAACAAUUUUUAAAAAGUUGUUUGAAUAUUAUAACCUCAAAACCCUCACAUAUUAGAAAUGCUACUUAAAUCCACUUUUAUAGUUAUCACAUUCCUCACAUUGAGAUAUAUAUUUUAAUAGAAGUACUGUACUCUUGCUCAUUUUAAAGAAUAACCUUUUCCAUUUAUAAUGAGAAAAAGGAUUCAGUAAGAAUAAAAAACAAUUUCUAAUC